CAUAUAUAUAUAUGUGACUUUAAAACAUGGGUUAUUAUUGCGCCUGGGGAGAUGCAAAGAUAAUGGGUAGUUCCGAAGAGGAAGGUUACGAAUUUUCUGUCUCCGAUGGCAGAGAAAAGAGAAGAAACCGCGUUUCGAACACCUUCGGUGAAACUUCUUCCGGUGCAGUUUUACCGAUGUCGGACGAUGCCGAUCGGCAAUUCUGGGCGGAAGACGAAUUGAGCAAUUCAUCGGAAUCGCGUCAGAGAUUGACUACGAGGAGGAAACGUCGACGAAGUGUCUCCUACAGGAAUCGCACCGCGAACAGAAGCCGUUCUUUCGCUCGUAAUUCCUCGCAUUCUAGUUCUGAUUCGAUCGAUGCAGAGACUUCGCCGAAAGCUUGCAAAAUACGAAAAUAUUGUCGAUGUUGGCGACAAAAACUAAAAACUGUCAAAUUACAAUCUGUCAAUACGGAGAAAGAAUCAAGUACAAGUAUCGGGGAAAGAAUCUGUACAAUGAACGAAGUUGUCUUUCCGGAAUGUCAAACUGCAUCUAUUUCUGACAGAAAAUCAACUGAUUUGCAUAUUGAAAAUCACCAGAUAAUCUCGUCGAAUAAAAAUAAUCAUAAACGAGCGAGCGAUGUCGUCCGUGCGAAAAAAAUCGGAUUGCAAAAGGCAUUCAAGUAAUAUUUACAACGUUAAUUCCAGCGAUUACAAGAUAAUCAAGAAACAUUUUAUUUGACAAAAAACGGUAAGCUCUGAGA